AUGAGCUUAUGUUCUUACAAGUAGGUGAGUUUUAUUUGGUUUACAAUGCCAUAUGUCCAUGCAAGGAGUUCACUGAAAGCCCCACUAAUCCUUUCAGCUGCACGUCCUCUGCAAGGUACAGAAGGAUGCACUUCAGAAAGCUACAGCAAAAUUUUAAUCAAUUUGACUGCCAUUUUGUGGAUUUAUUUUCCCUAUUUGUGACAGAUGGAAGCAAUUUUUUAAAUGGAUUUAUCCGCAUUUUGUUUCUGCAGAUGCCUUGUUGAAAGGGAUUGUAUUAGUCUGUACAGCCUCGGCCAUCUAAAAUUGACAGAUACAACAUAUGGAUAAGGACCUUGGCUGGAUUUUCAUCUUUCAUGCUGUUGUUCUGCAGGAAAACAUAAAAGCUAUCUUGUAUUUUCAAGACUUAAAAAAUGGGCUGCUCACCCUCCAAAGGUACCAAUUUGGGCAGUUUUGGGACCAUGAGGAAGGGGAGAAUGUUACCCCCCGUGCCUCAAGAAAGCCAAAUAGAAGAAGACAGAGUAAAGAAUAAUGUAACUGGACUUGCAAAAGGGGAUCCAAAGGGAAACAAGGAAUCUCCACAUGUCCAGGUAUCUCAGAAAGAGACACAAAUGACACCACAAAAAAAGAGACCUGUCACUGAAGAAGUGAGUAUGGGGGGAAUGAACAUAGAUAAAGUGGAGUGUAUGGUAAUAGAAAAUGUCACACUGCCACUGAGAAAGGAGAAAAACAUUGACAAGCAGGAGUUGGCUGAUAAAAAGACUAACAGAAAACCAAAGAAAGCAGUCAAAGGCACUAAAGGUCCAAAAAGGAAAGACAAGGACAAGAACCAGAUAUCUACAGAUCAAAAAGUGGACUUUCCAGAACCUUUAGUGAAAGCUCAUCAAGCUGCAUAUGCCUUUUUGAAUCCCAGUAUAAACAAAUAUGAUUCUGUACUUGGGCUCAUAGAACAAGCCACACAGACUCAGAUUUCAGUGCAGCCUAUGGUAGCCUUCAUGGCUUUACGCUAUGAGGAAAUCAUUCAGGGACUGGAAGAGAUGGCGGAAGAGGGGGAAAGGGUUUUCAAAGAAAAUGGAGAACAUCUUGCUUGGCCAAGCCAAAUGGAAAAUCUCUCAUCUUCUUCACAUCGGAAGUCUGGCCUUGCUGGAACCGAAUCUCCACCAGAUUUGUUGCAACAACUGCUUCAGUACACCACUCAGAGGAUGAGGAAUGUGAGCCGGACUGUUGGUGGAAUUGGAGACUCUGCUUUGGAGGAGGCAGUAGAUUACUUUGCCUCAGUGUCAGAGCUUUUAGAAGAGAAACUCAAAAUCAAACGCACAGUGGAAGCUAGAUUGAUGCGACUCUUAACGCGAAUAGAAAUGGCGUCUCUGCGAAAGCCUGGAGCCGAGGAUUCAGCUCUGUUCAGUGAGGAUAGUGGUAUUGGAGCUGAGAAUGAAUCCCUUAAUGGGUGUGAAAAACAUCAUAGACGAGAGAGUUGCGGGUCGACUGGGGCAAACAGAAGUCCAGUUAGUCCUAUAGAAUACACCUCUAUGAACAUCACUAGAGCCUCAGGAGAAAAAUAUGGGACUCAAAUAAGUCCAAGUGUUUCUCUCACCUCACUUAACUCAAUUGAUUCCACAUGUACCCUAAUGGAUAAUGACCAAAGAGAUUCACUAUUAGGAUUGGCCUCUUUAGAUGAUGGUGCAGAUGAAAAUAAUGAUGAAAAGGAGCGAGAUAAAGGUGUUGAUGAUAGAAAAGUAGCAUUCAAAUUGCGAUCCAAUUCUUCACUUGUAAGUUGUAAAACCCCUCCACUCCGCCUACCAACAAAACGCAUAGAAAAUCCUCAAAAUGUAGAAAUGACUCUCAAAAUUAAAAAUGCUAUAAGUGGUAGGAUACAGUUUGUUCAAAAACAGAACACCUGUGCCAAAGCAAAGGUUGCAGGGACUCCAAAAACCAGUAGGCAAGACUGGACAGAUGAGGAGGUGCAAUCUCCAAGGAGGCCUCAAACAGCAGCAGCUGUUCGGAGGGCCGAAAUAAAAAAGAACCCGGUUACCCGGGGGCAACGUUCCCGGUCUGCAGAAUCCUUACGAAGUAAAGGGGAGGAUCCUACUCUAUUUGAACUGGAAAGGACUCAGAAGGCUUUAAACCAAAGGUUGCAAAGGAUGAGUAAAAGUAAGGUGGGAGCAAACUCAAAGCCAAUUACAUUUAAAAAAACUGAAGGAAAUCCACCAGCACAGUCUCCAACAAUUAAUCGAAAACAGCUGCCACAAGGUAGGAGCAUUAAUAGCCAGCCACCUAAAGACAAAGCAAGCCUCUCAAGGUGCAAUAAUAAAAAAGAAAAACAACUUGUUGAUGUUGAAGAUGAUCAAUGGCAAGAAAAAAUAACACCCAAGUGUCUUAUAAAAGCCACCCCUCCAACAAGCCCUCCUUUAUCACCACAAUGCUCUGGCUUUCACAGGGGCAGGAAUUCAGUCAAAAAACUGAUUAACACCUUCAGCCAAGGUAUAGAAGUAAGAGAAAGUCCUAAAGUUCUUGGGGCUUUAAAAGGUGUACAGAGGUGUGGUGUUCCCAUUUUACCUGGUUUAGGAAAUGUGGAAGCUGUACUUAGUACAGGAGUGACAAGCUGUAGACCUGAGUCCACAUCGGAAAAAAAUGAUUAUUUCGAUCUGGACAGUCUUCCUCCACCUCCUUUGGAAGUACUAAUGGACACUUCUUUUGAAAGUGCCCAAAGUGGAUUGACUGCAGCAGGAGAUGAAGCUACAAAAGUUGGAAAGUCAUCUGUCCUGAAAAGGGCUGCUGUAUCCCAACGAUUGAGGGCCUCAGUUCAGACUGUCACAGUAUUACCAAGCAAAGGAGGCUUACCACAGUCAUCGAAGAUUGCUUCUCCAGGCACAACUGCUUUUUCAAAGGUCACUCAGCCCGAUGUUCAGCCACAUCUAGAAAUGCGAACAGAUUCCUUACACCAGCAAGUUCGAAAGAUCCUACACCUACAAAAAUCUUCAGACUCGAACUCAGAGAGAUCAUCAAUGAGUUGGGUAGCAACCUCUAAAGAUCAAGGAGAAUCACUUGAUGUACAGCAUUAUGGCCACAUUUCAGUGCCUCAACCUAACACAGUGCCUCCUUCCUCAGUUGCCAGUAGCCAACCACUUGCUACUCCACCUGUCUCUAAGGGACGAAUGUUACCAUCCACUCCCUCUACCCCAAACAGCUUGCAUAGACGACUUCCUAGCCCUCUCGGUUCAAAACAAGAAACUACAACACCCUCAACAGACAGACCCCCUGUUAACAGGACACCUUCAAUACCACCAGCUCUUCAACUGAGACUACCCAGCCCACCUGUUGCAAGGCAGAACUCCUACACUUCAUACCCGUUCAAAGCACCAUCUCCACCAGCCUCACCAAAGGUACAGAAGUGGUCAAGGGAGAACAGCAGUGAUGAAUCUUCAAGUGCACGGAUGUUCAGUAAUGCUCGUUCGGUCUUCUGCCCAGUCUCUCCAUCCAUGUUUGAGGCCCAGCCAUGUUCAGUUCCCCAACCACCUCAAGCAUGGACAUCUACCAGAGCCUCUGUUUUUUCAAGUUAUUGGGGGAGUCAAGGGAGGUUCCCUGUGUCUGUACAAGGACCACGACCCUUCGUACGACGCAGCCAGUCAGACAGAAGGCCAAGUCUAAGUAUGACACCCCGAUUCCAAGAGAUCUCAGUGGCUGAAACUUGUGGUAGUGAGCCAGCAAUAUGUUCAAAGGGGCUAGAUGACUAUCCAGCCAGGCACCGUGAAUUAUGGGGCAGCCAAUCAGACCUCAGAGCAGCACCACGCUCUGCAUCACACCCGGACCUGUGUGUUGUAGGACAGGGUUUACACAGGAGCUAAACAUGGCCAGAACCAAGGCUGUGGGAUUAUAGAUUAGCAGGCUUUACCGUGGAUUUAAACUUGUUUUGUUUUUUUCACUUUGAAGAGAAGAGGAGCUAAUUUAAUCCAUGCCACAUAACACCUCCAGAAAGUCUGUACUUGGUUUUCUCAUCAAGUUGUGUUGCUGUUAAAUGGCAUUGGUACAUUUCAUCUGCCAUGCUUUUGGUUUUUUAUGUUUACAAAAUGCGAGACUCGUUUACUUGUUACUAUUAAAAAGCAUGUGUUGCACAAGUCUGAUUAAGCUUACUUUCAGUAUGUUGUAAGUAAAUUUAGCAAAAUUAAGAAAGCAAAGACAGUUCAGACUCUCAAUAUUGAGACAAAUGUGGUAUAAAAUGGUGUAUAAAAAUCUUUGACAAAUAUUUAUAUUACAGACUAAAGUGAACUACAAUUUUUUCUUAAUCUGAGUCACCUUGUAAAAACAAAAAUGAAAAAGUUGUUACUUUGACAUUUUAUUUCUGUGAGAUGUUUUAAUUCUUUUUGUCCAUCUUGCA